AUGACUUUGACAAAAUACGAAUGCAGUGAUUGCAUGCAAAAGUUCCUCAAGGAGUUGCCCAAAUGUGAGCAUCAUCUCCACCUCGAGGGAACAUUGGAACCAGAUUUACUAUUUAAGUUGGCAAAACGAAACAAUAUUACAUUACCCCCAACAUUCCCUCCAACCAUCGAGCAGUGCAAAACGAGGUAUGACAAUUUUUCUGACUUGCAGGACUUUUUGGAUCACUACUACAUCGGCAUGAGUGUGUUGGUCACGGAACAAGACUUUUAUGAUUUGGCGAUGGCAUACUUCACCAAGGCAACAGCAGAUGGCUGUUUACAUUCUGAAGUUUUCUUCGACCCGCAAGGUCAUCUAGAGAGAGGGAUCUCUUUAGAUGUAGUGGUUUCCGGACUUAGCCACGCGUGUGAGGAUGCAAGAACCUCCUUUGGAACCACCAACAAGUUGAUCAUGUGUUUGUUACGACAUUUACCCAGUGAAGAUGGUCUCAAGGUGAUUGAAUCGGCCGACAAGUAUUACCAAGAUGGUAUUAUACAUGGGUUAGGGUUAGACUCGAGUGAAAAACCGUUUCCCCCUGAGUUAUUUGAAGAAUGCUAUGCCCUUUUGAGGCUGAAGUUUCCCGAAGUUGCAUUGACCGCACAUGCUGGUGAAGAAGGAGAUUAUACGUUUGUUGAAAAUUCUUUAGAUAAACUCAAAGUUACAAGAAUCGAUCACGGUGUAAACUCUAAGCACUCAGAAUCGUUGAUGAAGCGGUUAAGUGAGGAACAGAUUAUGCUUUCAUUAUGUCCCUUAUCCAACGUCAAGUUGCAAGUGGUUCAAGAUGUGGGGCAUUUACCCAUUGACUUGUUUUUAGAAAGAGGUGUGCCUUUUUCCAUCAAUUCCGAUGAUCCAGCUUAUUUCGGUGGCUACAUUUUGGAUAAUUAUGUGGCAGUGCACACAAGAUUCGGAUUCAACUUGGAGCAAUGGAAACAAAUUAGUUUGAAUGGAAUUAAUGGCUCGUGGUGUGACGAAGGUAGAAAGCAAGAGUUGAGAAUGUUGGUGGAUAAAGUGUGUAGUAAGUAUGUUGAUGUAUUGUAG